AUGCCUCCAAAUACAUCGCCGAGUGAUUUCAUCUAUCAGCGUCCACUCUGCUCGAGUUCUGCUGCGAUUGAAGUCAGUACCUCUAUAAAUGAAGAUGAAGAGAAUGGCCGCGCGAUUCAUAGAGCUGGCUACAUGAGCAAUUCUUCGACGUAUGGAGCACGCGUGACGACUGCGCAAUAUCACGAGACCCUAGCAUAUGGAGACACUCCAUGUCCAGCUCCGGUGUUUCUUCAUGAUGUCCGCCAACAACGAUUGGAAAACUCGCAUGGUUUUGGUGCCUCACACACUGGGGGUUCACCAAACUUCGAACCAGCCGCUGCCAGUGUGCUGCCACAGUUUAAACAAGCGAGCUACCAUCAUACGCUCGAGGACACCGCCGAACGUAGCGAGAACAGACGGAUCUCCCUGGCCACGGAGAGUACCCUCGGUCACCGCACCUUCAGUAUAUACAGCAAUGCCUCGGGGAAUUUUGAGCAAUUCUGUGACGCCCUCAAUGUCGUUCAUGAUAUUUGUCUUGCUGCCACCAGGGCGCAUCUUGGCUCACAUCAUGCGAACAGACAAGCGCGUGCUAGCUAUUCGGGCGACGCUGGUCAUCAUCGCGAGUCUGACAAUCCUAUCACAGUCACUGACAAUGAAUACAAACAGCCCAGCGUGGCUGAAGGCCUGUAUCAUGGCCCAACGACGUCGAGUCAUGCUCACCCAGUUCCAGCUCUGAACAGUGAGCAAGCCACAAUACCCAACGUCUCGAGCUCUCUUCUCAAGAAUAUAUCUAGCAUAUGCAACAUGCUUUGGGCUGGAUCACAACGUGAUCGUUUGACUGUUCUCAACGUCGAGCGGCUGGCCGUGGAUAACAUGGCCAAAUUGCUGUCAUGGGGUGAGACGGUGGCUCUACAUGACUCUGACGAGAGGGCGCUCGGCAAUUAUGAAACCUUACAUCGCGCCCUAGAUGCCGGGAAAAAUCUAUGUGCUUGGCUGGGCGCUCAUGAGUCAGUACUAGAGAUGGAAGAACUGGAACGAGCUUGGGUCUAUGCGUCAGGACUGUUGUAA